AUGACUGAUAAGAGCAUCAAAAAGGGCGAUGAAGUGCAUGUAGAGCGUGAAGGCAACGACGUUGUCAAGCGUGCAAGCGAGCUCACCAAGGAGUCGUCUGCAGCUCCUGCCGAGAAGAAAGACAAAAAGACGGCCGCUAAAGAAGCGAAAGAAGCGAGAGAGACUAAAGAGACUAAAGAGACUAAAGAGGCGAAAGAAGCGAAAGAAGCGAAAGAAGCGGCAGCCGAAAAGAAGGAAGCCGAGGCUGGCGAGAAGCGAGACCGCUCAGGGGCCGACGUUGAUGGUGAUGGCAAAUCACCGGCUGAAGAGCAACUGGAGGCCGAGAAAGAGACCGGUAAGGAAGCUAAGAAGCCCAAACUCGACGACGAAAACGCCAAGGAAAAGAACGGCAACGGAGAUUCAAAGAAGCCCGAAGAAGCCGACUCAGGUGACGCCGAGAAGUCUCCUGCACCAAAGAAGCGUGGACCAGGUCGCCCCAAGAAAUCCGAAAUCGAAGCGAGGAAAAAAGAGGAGGCAGCAAAACUUGAAACCGGUGCAGGCGGUGCGGAGAAAAUAUCACAAAGGACACGUUCAAAGGCUUAG